AUGACAUCAGGGCAGGAGAGUGAGGAUAGCAGUGACAAGGAAGGAAAAGCCACCACAAACAGGAAGAAAUGGAGUUUUAAAAAGAGAUGUGGAAAGAGACUCUCCCAUGGUGAGAGGAACUACCCCGUGUUUUACGAGCUGCUGGCAGGGCUGCCCGCGGAGCAGAAAGAGGAGAUGCUUGCAGGAGGCAGAGUGCUGCUGUUACCUGGGCCAGCAUGCAACGUCCUGCCCCACUGUCCUAAACUUAGAAGGCUCAAAAUCUGGGAGGUUACAUCUUAUGAUCGGAUCUUCACCCCUCUGUCUGUCGAAGGAGCCAUUGAUGCCAGGGACUCCAUUGCCAAGGCUCUGUACUACCUGCUCUUUGAGUGGCUGCUGCUGAGGAUCAAUGAGUGGCUGGCUCCCUGGGAGUCUGACUGUGCCGUGGGCAUUGUGGACAUCCAUGGCUUUGAGGACGUGGGGCUGCUGGAGAUCCCUGCAGAGCUUGCAGCCCUCCUGCACUCUUUUGAAGGUCGACACCAAGCACAGGCCAACCAGAUAACUGAGACACAGCCCCCAGAAGUCAAGGUCAAGGAUAACCUUUCCCUCCCACCCACCAUCAACAGCCAUCCCUUCUCCUCCUUCAUCAAAUCACACUUCCAGAAGCCAGAAUUUGUAGAAUUCCCUGUCCCUGGUCAGCCUCUGCAGCACCCCUUAACCCGCCUGGAUGCUGCACACCAGGAGAGUGCACUUGAGAUAAACAAACUGAUUUUGCGCUUCAUCGGUGACCAGAGUCUCCGUGGCUGGCAGGAGGUCCUGCUGGGCAACUACAUUGCUGGGAGAGGUUUGAGUGAUGCUGCUCUGCGCAAUGAAAUCUUCAGCCAGGUGGUUGCCCAGACCUGGAGGAACCCGGACACGGAGCGCAGCCAGCGAGGCUGGGUCCUGAUGGCCACUCUGCUGAGCUGCUUUGGCCCCUCACCAGCCCUGGAGAAGCCACUGCUGAAGUUUGUGUCAGACUAUGGCAUGGAGGGCUACAGCGCUGUCUGCCAGCGCAAGAUGCUGACGGCAGCUCAGUGCACAGAGACAGCGCCUGCGCCCUCUCGGGCUUACCCUCCCACCCAGCUGGAGUGGACAGCAAACCAGAGGAGAGGGAAGAUGGUGCUGGAUGUUCAUACCUUUAAUGAGGAGAAGUUCUCAACUGAGGUGGAGUCCUGGAUGACUGGGGAGCAAUUUGCAGCCUGCAUCCUGAGUGCAAGGGGCUGUGACAAGAGCACUCGAGGGUGGUCUAUCUCCAUGUUCACUGGCAACACAUGGCAGGACCUGCUGGGCUGUGACUUUGUGCUGGACCUCAUUGGAGAGAUGGAGGAGACCAGCAACUUCAUUAGCUCCUCCCGGGCCCCCACUGAGUACCCCAUCACUCCAGAAAGGGACAGGAGCAUCCUGCAGUCCUCUGACCUGGACAUGAUCCCUCCUGCUCCAGGUAUCCAGGCCCCUGCCUUCCCCCCACCCAGCCUGCCUCCAGAAUUUACUGGUCUCCAUCCAGAUCCAAGAUUUAGAGAUGACCUGAGGAACCCUGUGGGCUUGGAUCACUAUGUGGAUGAUCUCUUCAGCCCUGUGCUGCAUCAGAGCUCCAGAGGAUCUGAUAUGGAGAACAGGGAGAAUCUCACCAGACGCAUGAAAGGAGGUGGGAAGAUUGGCCCCACACAGAGAGGAAUCUUUCCUUCUACAGGCUUGUCUGGAAUGACUCAAACACCAGUUUACCAGCCCAUGCCCUCCAUGAUGGGGAUGCCAGCAGCCAUGCCCAUGAUGCCAGGGGUUGGUGGGGUUGCACCUAUGCCAGCCAUGGUGAUGCCCCAGCCCAUGGUUCCAGCUGUAGAUCCCAGCCAGCUGGCAGCACAGCAGCAAGCCUUUAUCAACCAGCAGGCCAUGCUCAUGGCCCAGCAGAUGACCCUUCAAGCCAUGAGCAUUUCCCAGCAGCAGCAGCAGCAGGAGCUGCAGAAGCAGCAAAAGUCUUUUGAGAACUCAAGGCCAAGAGUCUCCAGCCCAGCACAAGCCUCAGCCCCAGCCACUCUCCCAAAACCCAAGAAGCCUUCCAGCAGCCAGGCUGCUGCAACACCAUCAAGGUCUCCAGAGCCACCAGCCAAGGCAAAAGAGCCGGAUUAUGACUACGUGGAAGAGGAGUUCUCCAGCAGUGAAGAUGAUGACUGUCCUCGGGAAACCUUCCAGCAGAAGAAAGAGUACUUCCAGAAGAUGGGAGAGCAGCGCAUUCGAGUGAAGAAAGUCAGACCUAGCAAAACCUGGACUCCUCCAGCAAAACCCCAGCCAACAGAGGAGGAGGAGGAGGAGAAAAGAGAGGAGAAAGAAGAGGAGCUGGAGAAGAGGAAAGAAGAGAAGCCUGUCCCUAAACCAGAGCCAGCUCCUGCCUCCCCUCUGCCACCUCCUGAGCCAAAGCCAAAAAAGGAAACACCAAAACCAAAGAAGGAGCCACCUGUAGUGAAGCCUUCAGGCCCCGAGAAGCGUCCUGCACCCAGCCGUGAGAUCGGGAACAUCAUCAAAAUGUACCAGAGCAGACCAGCCCCUGAGCCCCAGCCCGUCCAGCCCGCCAGGAGAGUAUCCAAGCCAUUUGUAAAGAAGAACGACCCCAAAAAUGAGGCUCUGGCCAAGCUGGGAAUGAUGAACCCCUCACCUCAGCGAUCACCAUCUCCUGUGCCACAGGAGAAGAAAACACCUCCACCUGUCAAGCCCAAGCCAGGCCCAGCUUCCAGCUCUAUCAAGGAAAAGCAGCUGCCUCUCCUGUCCAUCUUCAAACCAGAGGGUGCCCCACCAGCUGCCCAGGCCCCUCCUGCUCCUUCUCUCCCCCCACCAACACCUGAGGACCAAGGCAGGCAGGAGCCCACAGGGAAGGACUCUGCUGUGACAGUGGCAGGUGAUGAUGGGAUCAAGACCCAGCUGUACAAGCUCACCACCAGUGUCAGCUUUUCCUAUGUUGACCCUGCCUGGAAAAUUUUUCUGCGCAAAGAGUUCCGAGUUGGCAACAAUGCCCAGUCCAUUCAGGAGGAGGGGAUCAAGAAGAGGAUUGUAGUGGCUGCACGGGACAACUGGGCCAACUAUUUCUCCCGCCUUUUCCCAGUUCAGGGUGAAAAGGGAAGUGAUGUGCAGCUCCUGGGUGUUUCUCACCGGGGCAUGCGGCUGCUGAAGGUGGAGAAAGCAGCUGGAUACCGACCUGAGCACCUCAAGAUCCUAUGCAGCUACUGCUUUGCAGAUGUACUGGCAGUGGAGAUGAAAGGCAGCAAUUCCCUGGAGUUCUCCCUGAAGACAGAGCAGCUCAUCCUGCACUCUCCGAAGGCUCCGUGCAUCAAGGCCAUGGUGGAACUCUUCAUGCAGGAGCUGAGGCAGGACACCAACUACGUCGUGGCUCUGCGCAGCUACAUCGUGGAUGACAAGAGCAUGCUCAGCUUCAAGAAGGGUGACCUCAUCGAGUUGCUGCCCAUGCAGGGCGUGGAGCCAGGGUGGCAGUUUGGCUCCACUGGUGGCCGCUGUGGUCUCUUCCCCACCAGCCUGGUGCAGCUGGCUCCUGCCAUUGACUACCUCAGCAGCAGCAUGGACAGACGGGGAGAGCAGAGGAAGAGCAUGAGAGCUCGCCCAGAGAGCAGGAACACCAGCAGGGAGAGUUCUGUUCUCAGCCUGACACCAGAAGCCACCAGCACCAUGUUAGUCCCUGCUGGUGACCAUUACACCAUGAUUGACUUUGCCACCACCUACUUCCGAGAGGCUCAGUCCAUGCAGGGCCUGAAGGGGAUGUCUGCUGAGAAGAAGAAUGUGGCUGAGCUGGUGCGGCACACCAAGGUCCCAAUCCAGGCGUCUUUGCUGCGGUACUCUGACAGUGAGCUGAACGAGCUGGCCACAAAGAACUUCCAGACACUGAUGAGGUUCAUGGGAGAUCAGCCAAAACACAAGCACCAGACUGAGGUCCAAUGCAUCUAUGAAAUUCUUCAGCUGUGCAAGGAGAAGGAGAAUUUACACGAUGAAAUCUACUGCCAGGUCAUCAAACAGGUCACCCACAACCCUCAGCAGGAGAGCGAGCUGCGGGGCUGGCUGCUCCUAAACCUGCUCACUGGAUACUUCCUGCCUUCCAAAAUCCUGAUGCCCUAUGCCACCAAGUUCCUGCAGCUGGCCAGCAGUGAUCCAUCCAGCACCCACCACGAUAUAGCCAAGAUCUGCCAGAGCAACCUGCGCAAAAACUUCCUGUAUGGGGGCCGUCGGCACCUGCCCUUCCCUGUGGAGAUGGAGGCACUGCUGAAGGGACACGGUGCCCGCCGGCUGGUUGUGCUGAUGCCUGGAGGCAUGGAGUACCUCACCAGGAUCAGGACAUUCACUGUGGCCAAGGAGCUCCUGCAGGAGAUCUGUGAGCAGAUGGGAAUAGGUGAACAGCAAGAAACACAGGACUUUGUUCUCUUUGCUGUCAGGAAUGACGACAAAAAUCUUGGUAAAAUGGUGAGGCCAAUAAAACUGGAGGAGUAUCUCCAUGAUUACCUGCUGGAGGACAAGCUGGUCACUGUGACCUUACGCAGGCUCAUCUGGAGGACACCUCUGCACUUUGACAACCAAGUUUACACAGAUGUCCAUUAUGGACAGGUGGUGUGGGAUUACCUGAAUGGGAGGAUCCUGCUGAACCAGAAUAAAGAAAUGGAGAUGCAGGUGGGCCUUUUGGCAAUGUUCCAGCACUGGGCCAAAGUGGAGCAGCAGAACUCUGCUCCCUCCAGGGAAGAGCUGAAGGAAUACACUCCAAAGAGCCUGCAGUCCUCCAUCAGCCUCAAGGCUCUGCACAACCACGUGGCCACACUGCUGAGAAAGAGGCAGCCCCUCCAGCCACGGGAUGCAAAAAUCCAGUUCAUAGAGCACCUGAUGAAAUUGCCUUUCUUUGACUACGCCAUCUUCAUAGUGGAGAGAAUCAGUGAUAACACGAUCCCUGUGCCCUGUUUCUUUGGUGUGAACAAGGAGGAGAUCAUUGUGGUGGAUGGCACCAGCCAGGCGGUGUCGCGGGUCAUUCCCCUGAAGGAGCUGCAGAAGAUGCGCACGCUGAGGCCCAUCUCCGACGGGGGCCUUCCCGGCCUGGAGCUCCACUAUGGCUCCCCUGCCAGCCCCAAGGCCCUGUGGCUGGAACUGUCACAGGCCAAAGAACUGUACCACACGAUUGUUGUCAUCCUGGAUAAAACAGAGCUGCGCUCCUAG